UAUCAAGUCACCAUGGCGGUUCGCGACUUUCUCAAUUUUUCAUUGGCCUUGGUUGUGAUCUGUAAAUCAGUUCGCACUCUCGAUACCAACAUCAGUUCGGUUGAACCUGUCAACGCGGGAUUCGGAUAUGAACUUGUCCAGGCAAGAUUGGAUAGUUUGCAGUUUAGCUUCCUGGAACUCUUCGUGCACGUCAAGGAGUUGGGCGAAACGGUUCUGAACAAUCAACGAACAAUCGAGCAGGGUCAGCUGCAGAGCAAUCAACUGGUUCACCGUAACCAGAAACAGAUUACAGAUCGCGUUGACGAUCUGGAGAAUGGCGUUUCGGCUAACGUAUCCCUGAUUUCCAACUAUGCAAAGCAAAUUUUGGACCUUCAAACUAUAUGUGCAAAUCAUGACUUGAUCAAGGAAGAACUCUACAAAAUUAAACAAAAUGUUACCUUUAAUUUCGAAACAUCUAAUAAACUUAGCAAUAACAACAACUUUAGUAACAUCGAAUCCUGCCAAACUGCAAACUCAACAACCUCAGGAUUGUACAAAAUGACGAUCGCGAACAUUGUCGAUCCCGUCACUGUGUACUGCGAGAUGCAGCGAUUCGGCGGUGGAUGGCUGGUGUUUCAGCAAAGAUUCGACGGAUCGGUUGACUUUUACCGAGGUUGGAAUGAGUAUAAAGCUGGGUUUGGCUCCGUUGGGCAAGAGUUUUGGUUGGGACUGGAAGCGAUCCACCAAAUUACUAAACAAGGAAAAUAUGAAAUGAUAGUAGAGUUGGAGGAUUUCAAAGGAAACUAUUCGUACGCUCGUUAUUCGGAGUUUGCGGUUGGAAGUGAAGCGGAAAAGUAUGCACUGCAAAAGCUUGGAAGUUGCUCGGGAACGGCAGGAGAUUAUCUGAGCCAUCAUAAGGGGAUGAAGUUUACAACACGUGAUAGUGACAAUGAUAUCAAUUCAGAAAAUUGCGCUGUCAAAUAUCAUGGAGCUUGGUGGUACAAAGGCUGUCAUUGGAGCAAUUUGAAUGGUGAACACUCAAAGGAGAACAAUUAUAAAACAAUCAAUUGGUUCAACUCUGGAGUUGGUCUGAAGUACUCUCGAAUGAUGAUUCGAAAAACAUAAGGCGGACAUUCAGUACGUGAUCAAUAUGAUAAUUUUAUUUAAGUUGUUUUUUAAUAAAUGUGCUGCAUCUUAAA